AUGCUUCCUGCCUUCACGGGGAACCUUUCCACCUCUCUUCGAAGUUUUUACGCCAACCUUUGCAAAAUAAAAGGGCGAAUUCCAAAUGAAGUUGGAAACUUAAGCAGCUUAAUAGAGCUUAAUCUUUCUGAAAACUACUUGGUGGGACCCAUUGACACAUCAAUUCAUAACAUGAGAAACCUUCAGCGCUUUUACGUGAAUAACAACAAAUUUACAGGAUUUAUUGGAGAUAAUCUAUGUAAAUUACAAAGAUUGGGUGCUAUUUACUUGGGUCAAAAUCAACUUUCAGGAUCUCUUCCGAAUUGGUUAGGGAACGUUACUUCCCUUAGAGAGAUACAUCUGAGUUCCAAUAUACCAUCAAGUUUAUGGAAUCUUAAGGAUCUAAUGGUUCUUGACUUAUUGUCAAAUAACAUGGUUGGUUCAUUACCUCCAGAAAUUUGGAAUCUAAAGGUUGUCACACAGAUAGAUCUGUCAAUGAAUCAAUUCUCAAAUGGAAUUCCACGAGAAAUUGGAGGAUUGCAAAAUCUGACCUUUCUCAUAAUAAUAUAUCUAGAAUCAUUGGAGAAACUUCAAAACCUGAAGUAUUUCAAUGGUUCCUUCAACAAACUGUAUGGUGAAAUACCCUCGGGAGGUCCUUUCAAGAACCUCUCGAGUCAGUUUUUCAUCUACAAUGAAGCGUUGUGUGGUUCUUCAAUAUUUAGUGUCCUGCCAUGCCCCACUUCAUCAAAGCACAGAUCAAAUAGGAAAAAAUUGCUAGUUCUUUUUCUUUUGCUCGCAAUUGCAGUUGUAUUUGUUCCUUUGAAAUUUGUGAUCCUAUGGAUAAGGUAUAGAAGAGGUAAAAGUGUUCCUCAGCAAGCUGACAUAUUGUCUACCGCAUCAAGAGAAAGGAUUUCAUACUAUGAACUUCUCCAAGCAACCAAAGGGCUUAGCGAGGGUAAUCUGAUUGGUUCUGGAAGUUUUGGAUCGGUUUACAAAGGCAUUCUCAGAAAUGGAACUGCCAUUGCAGUUAAAGUGUUCAACCUGCAACUGGAUGCGGCAUUCAAGAGUUUUGAUUCGGAAUGUGAAGUUUUGUGCAGCCUUCGCCAUAGGAAUCUCAUAAAAGUCAUUACUAGUUGUUCCAAUCUUUAUUUCAAGGCUUUAGUGCUCGAGUAUAUGCCUAAUGGAAGUCUUGAGAAGUAUUUGUAUUCGCACAACUACUUCCUUGACACCAAGCAGAGACUUAGCAUAAUGAUAGAUGUGGCAUGUGCUUUGGAAUAUCUUCACCAUGGGUGCUCGUUGCCUGUGAUUCAUUGUGACGUGAAGCCUAGUAACGUCUUGCUGGAUGAAGACAUGGUUGCGCACCUAAGCGACUUUGGCAUUGCAAAAUUACUUGGUGAAGAUGAGGGUUAUUUAUACACUAAAACCUUAGCAACAUUAGGUUAUAUUGCGCCACGUAUGUCUCUUAGUUUUGCUGGUUACUCCUUUCUUUUUUUCCCACCUAGAAAGUAUAUUGCAUCUUUAGAUGAAUUGUUUGACUGUAGAGUAUGGACUGGAUGGACUAGUGUCUACAAAUUGUGAUGUCUACAGUUAUGGUGUC